GAUGUUCAAUAUGUCAGUAAUUAUUUCAAAAUAUUUGUAGGAAAAUUAUUAUUUUGAUUUUCCGUUAAUUUUUUUUUUUUUACUUAUUCUCAAGCCAGGCAGUAGAAUGGCUUACCACAAUGAUGCAGAAUGGGCCAGGAUCAUUAACGGAGACUACGUUAAUUCUAUAAUGCGUCGAACCAAUGACCAGGUGAACAACUGUACGCUGCCAUCAAUAGUCGAGUUUCCAAACUUAAUGCGCAAGAAGUCGAUUGGAUAUACGGUCGCGUGUGUAUUUAUUAGCUUAUACAUAUUUAUCAUGUUGGCUAUUAUAUGCGAAAGUUAUUUGGUGCCGUCCAUGGAGCGUCUGUGCUACUCGUUACGAAUGUCUUAUGAUGUGGCAGGUGCAACGUUCAUGGCAGCUGCCACGUCGGCGCCCGAAUUCUUUGUCUGCAUUGUGGCUACUUUUGUCGCCAAGGGUGAUAUGGGAAUUGGGACCAUUGUUGGGUCUUCAGUUUUCAAUGUGCUUGCUAUUGCUGCUCUUUGUGGCAUUUUUUCGGGCGUCUACACGAAAUUGGACUGGUGGCCGGUAACACGAGAUUGCUUCUGGUAUUUGCUAUCGAUAUGUGCGCUUUUUGGAAUAUUGUUCGACAGUCAAGUGGAGCUUUAUGAGGCUAUUAUUUUGGUCGUAUUAUACUUUAUAUAUUUAAUUGGAUUAAUAUUUGAUGGAAAAAUACAGAAAGUUUGUCGGACUCGGGACUUCGCUGAGGGUGCACUGCAGGAGAAUCCCUUGGAUCGCAAGGAAGAUGCGAUGAAAUCGUUCAAGGAAACCGUUUGUGGAUUCCCAACUAAGGAAAAUAACACCUGCUCUAAGAUAUGGUUUGCUAUCAAAUAUCCAGCUGUAGUGUUGUUGGCAAUAACAACGCCGAGUGUGCGAUCGAUAUUUUUUCUCACCUUGAUAAUGGCAGUAGUCUGGAUUAGCAUUUUGUCGUAUCUCGUUACCUGGACACUCACUAUUAUUGGCUACAACAUUGGCAUACCCGACUCCAUAAUGGGACUCACCGUGCUGGCGUUCGGCACUAGCGUUCCCGAGGCUGUCUCCUCCUUUAUUGUUGUCCGAAAAGGGUAUGGCUCAAUGGCAAUGUGCAAUGCAAUCGGAUCAAACACCUUUGACGUCUUCCUUUGCAUGGGCUUGCCCUGGAUGAUAGCCAUUGCGAUCGAUUCCAAAAAAAUCGAUAUUAAUUCAGAUGGGCUAGCCAAAACUACUGGCGUUUUGAUCAUAACCGGUGCAGUCGUCUACUUCAGUCUGCUGGGCACCAAGUUUGUGCUUGGCAAAAUUGUUGGCUGGAUUUGCCUAGUUAGUUAUUUGGCGUUCUUUACUUUCGCUAUCGCCAUGGAGCUGAUGGUAUUAAAGCCUACGUGCGAUAUCGAAAGCGGUCAUUAUUCGUUCUAUACCUAGAAUUAGAAUUCUAAGUUGACAUUUUCGCACUUGAUAUCAUUAA